UCAUAAUAUCAACAGUCACCAUCACCAACUCAUCAACAUUAUCAUUAUUAUUUCCUUCCACACCUUGUACUAGUUACUACUCUACAUCUUUACAAAGCACCAUUGCAUAUAUACCACCCUAAUCUACCUUCUAUCUAAGAAUAAGAUCUAUUAAAUCCAUCCAAAAAAUCACCAUUUUUCGGUAUUAAUUAUUCGAUAUUUCGAUUACCAUGGGGAGAGGGAAAGUGCAGCUAAAGAAGAUAGACAACAAGGUCAACAGGCAGGUAACUUUCUCCAAGAGGAAAACGGGGCUCGUGAAGAAAGCUCAUGAAAUCUCAGUCCUUUGUGACGCCGAUGUUGCUCUCAUCGUUUUCUCCCACCGAGGAAAACAUUUUCAAUACUGCUCUGACAAUUCAAUGGAGAAGAUCUUAGAAAGGUAUGAGAGGUAUUGUUAUGCAGAGAAGCGUCUACAUCCUAACAAUGAUCCAGACAUACAGGUAAACUGGACCAUCGAUUUUGCACACUUGAAGGCCAAGGCUGAGCUUCUUCACAGGAAUCACAGGCAAUACAUGGGACAAGAUUUGGGGUCACUCAAUAACAAAGAAAUCCAAAGUUUAGAGUUACAACUUGAUACUGCUCUCAAAUCUAUUCGAGCCAGAAAGAACCAUCUGAUGCAUGAAUCCAUCUGUGAACUCCAGAAGAAGGAGAAGGCAAUGGUGGAGCACAACAAUGUUCUGGCAAAGGAGAUAAAGGAUAGGGAGAAAAAUAUGGCAGAGGUGCAACAAAUGCAGUUGCAAUCGUCGUCUCAACAUCAGUCAGGCCAAGUCAUCCUGAUGCAUCAAAUUUCCUACUCUCGCAAGCCUCCACCUCUUACUAUUGAUUCAUAUCCAUCAGAGAUACAAACCAAGAAGAUCAAAAACUUGGUGGAAAAUGAUCAGGAGGGAGGAAUGAUCUAUUUGAAAAUAGAUCAAACCAAAUAUACACGUACAUGUUAAUUACGUGGUAUUUGUAACAUAUUACUAAGCGUUAUUAUUAUCAUUUGUAGCUAGACAACUAGCUCGUGAGGACUUGAAAAACACCGAUCGAUUUAAUAAUUAAUGCUAGUUGUACGUGUUUUUUUUUUU